UACUGAAAUGAAAAAAAAUCAAUUAUCUAAAAUAAAAAAUCUCGUAGAUCAAGAAAUGUCCCUAGACUAAUUGCUGGAUAGAAAAUUACCCCAGAAUCUAAUCAAAAUCUGAUCAGAUGUAUUGAACUGUGUUGUCUAAUUAGAAUAAAUACUUAGCAGUAACUCAUAUAUAAAAAUGUCAUCCACAAGAUAACGAAAAAAUUAUGUUUUCGCCUUCAUUAAUUUAAUAUAUUUUCGGGCUAGUUUAUAUUUAACUAUUGCAUAGAUUCGAGAAGAGCGUAAAGAAUCACCUGAGAAGAAGCUGUGAUCAAUAUCAACUUCCUUUUACUUUAUUAUAUUUUAUCCUCUAAUCAAAAAUGGACAGUUCGGAAUAUGAAUUAGUCCGGAACCUCACACUCUUGUUCUUCUUCGAGCGUCUUAUGGACAAAGGCGGUCCACGCACACUGCACGAUCUCAGUUGUCAAUUCGGGGCCAAAGGUUUUACUAAAGAAAUGCGUCAAAUAGCAGGUGGUUCGCAGAGCGGCUUGCGUAAAUUUUUAGCUCAGUACCCUACUCUCUUUGUCAUCAACGGUGAUUACGUAUCCGUAAAUACAUUCGAACCAACUGUGGAACAUGAUGCCGGUAUAAAAAAAGUAAACAAACGUGAUUACGCAAAGGAAGCUGUUGAGUAUUUUACAAACAAACUCGUGCAGUAUGGAGUCGGAGCAGAAGUACCGAUUAAAAGUUUGUUAGGACAUAGAUCGCAAGCAUCACCUGAAGUGAGACACAUUUCUGGUCAACACUAUCGCGAAUUUCGUGAUUUUCUUCUCAAGUAUUCCGAUGAUUUUAUCGUGUGUGACGAUAAUGUCAAACUGAAGCAGUUUGAAGGCAUGGAAGGAGUUCCGUUCAAGGAACUGGAACCUGAGGUUCCUGUUGACCAAGAAAUGACUUCAAAGUUAUUGGAUUUUUUUUGUCAAACUAUUAAACAAAAGGGUCCGCUUUGUGUCGAACAACUUUUGAGUCUAACUGCGGAAAAGUUGCCUGUUAAAAUGUGGACGAAUAUGUUCACUACUCCACAAGAUUUGACGACAUUUCUGAGGAUGUUUCCGGAUGCAUUUAAUGUUCAGAAACAAAUCGUUUCUUUACAUGACAAAAUAAAAUUGCCAUCGGAUAUACAUCAAAAAUCUGAACCCACACAGAUUGCUUAUAAAGAAAAUAUUAAUUCGGAGAGUUCUGGAGCGCAUCAUUAUUCUCACACCCCGAAAACUUCCAUCAGUGAUCAAAUCUUGCCGGUAGAUCAGAAUCCGGUUAUCAAUCGGAAUAGUGACACAGAGAGUGCUAUAGACAGUCUUUCAUCAAUUGAAUCGAAUCCCCAUUCAUCACCAGUUAACUUACAGCAGCAAACUUUGAAACAGAGAAUUAAUACUCUAGUUAUGAAAACUCUGGCGGCUAAUACUGAAAAAGACAGAAAUUUGCACACCCCUCAGGUCGGCGAGGCGUGGAAAUUAAAAAUAUUACAAAAAACAAAAAUAAUUGUCAAUGUGAGAGAAUGCGGGCGUAUUAUUGAUGAAAUUUUGAACCCUCCGCGAUUGCCAGCGGGUGAAAAAAUUGCUGUUUCAUUUGAUUGCGAGGGUAUCAAUGUUGGAUCGAAGGGUCAGCUGACACUUAUACAAAUUGGCACAAUGGAAGGAAAUGUUUUUAUCUUCGAUUUAUUCACAUCACCAAAUCUUAUAAAUAUAUUACGUAAACUUUUAGAAGAUCCCACAGUGAUAAAAGUAAUUCACGACUGUAGAUGUGACAGCGUCAAUUUAUACAAUCAAUUUGGGAUCACUCUCAAGAACGUAUUUGACACACAGGCAGCGCAUGCAGUCAUUCAAUUUCAAGAUACAGGGAAGCCUGUGGACAAAGUGAAAAACGUUAAUUUCAAUACACUCUGCGAUUUGUAUGGAGCGCCAUGUAAUCUUUUAAAAAAUCAACUGAAAUAUAUUUAUCGUAAAGAUCAAAAAUAUUGGUUGCGCCGACCAAUGUCUCGAGAUAUGCUUAUUUAUGCCACAAGUGAUGUUCUUGGACUUGUACCUCAAGCAUUCACAGCCAUGUCGAAGCGUAUAAAUCCUGAGAUGCAAACGCUUUUCAAUAAUCUGUGUGAAGAGGCAAUACUGACACAUAUAUCUCCUGUUGAAAUAAAAGCUCGCAAAAGGCAGCGCAAAAUAGAAACAGAGGUAAUAGAUCUUCGUAAAAAAAUGGAUGAAGCUACAGAAAAAAAUAUUGUACUGAGUAAUAGAGAAAUAAGGCUUCUUCGUUACUUGUCUCUUACCGAAGAUGAGAAGGUGAAGUUGAAGUGCAGCUACAAAGUUGCCAAAAAACUUGAAAAACUCAAAAGUUUAACUCAUGAUAAAAACGAGAGCACUGAUGAUGAUAAUGAUAAUGAUAAUGACGAUGAUGAGAAUAAUGAUAUUGACGAUAAGGAUGAUGACAAUGAUUAUGACGAAUACUAUGAAGAUGAUGAUAAUACUGAUGACGAUUAUGAUGAUGACAACCACAAUAAACCAAACCAAAAAUCUGUAUAUACUAAUCUAGAUAAUUGUAUAUACGAUAAUACUUCAUACGAUUGUUCAUCAUUGAGAUUAAAUCCAUUAACACUUACAGAGUCUAUGCAAAUGGUUGAUGAAAUUUUAUCAGAUGAAAAUAUGGACAGAUUUGAAAAAAUAGAAAAACUAGAGAAUAUUCUCUCAUCUGUUACUAAUUUCACUCCAGACAAACUGUCAUCUAAAACUAUGUAUUCUGGUUCCGAAAAAUGUUCAUGUCUGUGUCAUGAAAUAUCUGAUCAACGACCCCAAGAACACAUGAUCGCAGCGGACGUAGGAUGUCAAACUCUGAGUACUGGUGAUAUUGUCAUCACUAGCUGUUAUUUUUUAUAACCAUAUUUCUUAAUUAAUUAUUAUAAUUGUUAUUGUUGUAGCGAGUUAUGACAAAUUAUUGAAAUUGUUACUGUUGUUAUUUCUUAGGCAUAAAAGGUCUUCAAUUUUAACUCUUUAUAUUUCGUUUGAUGAAUUAGAAUCAUCUUGUAACAUUUUAACAUUUUUUAAGAUAAUUUUGGCUGUAGAAAAAAAUUUUUAAAUCAGAAUACUUCCGUUAAAUAUCAUAAAGGCUUCUUAUAUAAUUUACAUGUGCUAGAAAUUUUAAACUCACUUAAAAAAAUACUUGAUAGCAAAGAAAUUAAAAGCUGGUGCUACUCCCGGUGCAAGUCGUGAACAAACAGCCAUCGGUUUAAUUGCCAUGUCGUCAGACCUAUUACUAGUCCAAUCAUUUUACUUUUAUUCGCUAUUUCAACUAAUAGUGGAAAGCUAGUGUAAUUUUUUUACUGUAAUAAGAGAAGUCUUCUUUUUUUUUCUCUAUCACUCGUGAGUUGACGAGCAGUACUAGCCUUGUCAUCUAAUAACUACUGGGUACUGUACUAAUUAAUGAGUGAUACUAGAAAAUGUGAUCGACUAAUUUCUUAUAAAUUUUAUCAAUAUUAAGGCGACAAGUAAGUAAUGAUAGUUAGUUAUUAAAGCAGGUCUGAAAAUUAAAAAUUAAGCACAAGCCUGAAAUUAUUGUUUUAUUUAUUCGAAGGUCAUACGAUAAAAAUUAACCGAACUUUCAGUUUGUCAAACAAUAACUGCCUAAGAGUAAAAUGAUAGACUAGUACUCCUUUUUUUUUGCUAAUAGUUUACUAUCAGGAGCAUUGUUCCAGCUUUGAAGGGAAAAAUAGUAUAUUACACACCUAGGGAGGAAAGUAGGUCACACAAACACGUGUAAUUGCCGACCCGAGCCGAAGAUGAGGGUGGCAACUGAGGAUUUUGACAUCUUACUCUUUUCUGUGGUGUGCAUACAAUUUUUUACCAGAUCUAUACCUGAACAUUUCAAAUUUGCCUUUGGUUGUGAGAAGAAAUGCGCGUGCGCAAAUUUUUAUCGUUUGUUUUCUCGUGAAAAGAAAGAACUUCUCUUUAUCUAAACAGGGGAGGAAUUUAAACUUUCGGUGCAGAUCUGGUGAAAAACCUCAUGCACACCACGAAGAAAUGUAGGACACUUUUAUCCGUAGUGUGUACAUAAUUUUUCACUAUAUCUGUACCUGAAAGUUUAAAUUUUUGUUUUUGGUUAUGAGAAGAAAUACGCAUGCGCUAAUUUUUAUCAUUUGUUUUCCCAUAAAAGGAAAGAACGAUUUUCUCCCUUCUAAACAGGGCAGGAAUUAAAACUUUCGAUGCAGAUCUGAUGAAAAAUCUUCUGCACACCACGGAGGUGUGUAAUGUACUAAUUUGGUAAAAAAAAAUUAUUAUGAAUAUAAGCUAUCUAACAAAAAUGUAUUGUGAAGUAAAGUAUUAAAUGUAUGAAAUUACACAGUAAACGAGAAAUUUUUUCAAAAAAUUUAAAGAACUAUUUCUGUAUCACGAUUUGUCACGGCGGAAAUUUCAUAAUUAGAUAAUAACUUUGUAAAUUUGAGUAGAAAAAAAAGUGUAAUAUUAAUUAUAAUGACAAUUGGAUGAAUUAAUUUUCGCUAAUUACAAUAUAACAGCCUUAUAUACAGUAAAUUAUAAUAAUUGAAACUAUUUUUUUAAUAUUUUUAAAUACUGCCAAUUUUAAAUUUAACUAACCCUGCUAAUA